GAAGAAAUAAAUUGAAAUAACCAUGAGUUAGUUAACAGGGCGAAUUUUAUCUACAGUUUAAUCAAAUGCUAGGUUAACUAAUUUCAAUGUUAAGCUAAUGUGUAGCUUAGAAACAAUUGUUACAAAUAAUUUGAAAACAAAAUUGAAUUAUUAUAAUGAGCCCACGUUUACCUUUGGUAGUAAUUUUGGGAGCAACUGGUUCUGGUAAAACGAAGUUGUCUUUAGAAUUGGCUAAACUAUUCAGUGGAGAAAUAAUUGGAGCUGAUUCCAUGCAGGUAUAUAAAAGUUUAGACAUAAUCACCGCAAAGGCAACUAAAGAAGAACAAUCAGCAGCACCACACCAUUUAAUAGAUAUCUUGAAUCCUAACGAAACAUUCACUGUUGUAGAGUACAAAAAAAGAGCUUUGGGAAUAAUUGAAACAUUAUUAAAGAAUCGAAAACUUCCUAUUGUAGUUGGAGGCACUAAUUAUUACAUAGAAUCACUUCUAUGGAAAAUUUUAAUUGACGACAGUGAAUAUAGUAAGAUACCCGGAUUAUUACCAAAUAACGAUCAUGAAUUACCCAGUGAAGAGUUACAUAAGAAAUUGAAAUCACUUGAUCCUGUAAUGGCAAAAAGACUGCAUCCUAAUAAUAAGAGAAAAAUUUUACGAUCUUUAGAAAUAUUGUAUAAAAGGGGGAAAAAACACAGUGAAUUUUUAGAAGAGCAACAGGCUUCUAGAGAUGGUUCAAAGUCGGGAGGAGGACUCAGAUUUUCAAAUUCUGUAGUUUUAUGGCUUCAGUGUGACCAAGAAAUUUUGGACAAAAGAUUAGAUGAUAGAGUAGAUGAUAUGUUGAAACAGGGACUUAUAAAUGAACUUUUAGAAUUCCAUAAAAUAUACAAUGAAAAAAGGUUAAUAGCAAACGAAGAAGCAGAUUAUACGAAAGGCAUAUUUCAAUCAAUUGGUUUCAAAGAAUUUCAUCCUUUUCUUAUAUUAAACGAAAAUGAGAAAAAUUCUGAAGAAGGUCAAAAGAAAUUGAAAGAAGGUAUUGAACAGCUCAAGAUGGCUACUAGACGUUAUGCUAGGAAGCAAAAACGAUGGAUUGUGAAUAGGUUUCUUGGAAGACAAGAUCGACAGGUACCGCCUAUAUACGGACUGGAUACAUCAGAUGUUUCUCAAUGGGAAGAUAAAGUGAGCAAAAAAGCGGAGCAAAUAGUCAGAAGUUUUAUAAAUAAUACGAGGUGUUGUUAUGAAUCUUUGCCGAAACAAAAAGUGGAUUCUAAUCCCAACAGUGAAGAUAUAACCUUUACAUGUGAAAUUUGUGACAGGGUUUUUGUUGGACAGUUCCAAUGGACUGUCCAUUUAAAAUCAAAUAAGCACAAAAAAAUGUUGGAAAGUAAGUGCAAAAAAGAGAAGAAGAAAAGUUAUGAAAUUAUAAAUAAAGAAAAAAACUACUCGUUUGUUUUUCUAAUAAACCUAUUUUGACUUUAAUA